AGUUGGCAACAGUGGAGCAGUGUCAUCACCGGCACAAAUUAUGCUUUUUUCCAACAGUCCAGUCUUCCCCAAAAAGAUUUUCGCUAUUUUUUGUAGUGUUACUUGUUGACCAGUUUACUAAACCCAAUCCGAUCCGCAAAGUGCUCUUCAGCGUAUCCUAGCUAAGUUACAACCGUGACCUGCCGCAUGUGUGUCUUCCAGUGCAUCGAAUUCAGUGAAAAUGCCCCGUCCUUGGACUGAAUUUUGGGAGGCUGUUGUGGGACACUAUAUGCUGGGAAUAUAGAAAAGACUAUCAUUAUAGCAUCGCAGUGCGGAAAAGCCGCAGCUGUUCCAUUGUGACAGGUGCAGCGGCACACACACACACACGUACGCUUACCUGCAUUUACCUAUUCCGCCCGUCCAAUAACAAAAACAACAACAAUGGCUGGCACGGCGACCGCGACGCCAAUGGAAAUAGAUGAAUUUGUAAAUUCGUCCCUAAUAUCUUGGCUGGAAUCAUGUCUGCCACGUGCCGAGCUGCUCACUGGCUACACUUCGCUGCUGGAUGGCCACAUAAUCCACAGCGUCUGGCUGCAGAUCGAUCCGGAGCCCCAGAAUAAUCCCAGCGAGCUCAGCGAUCUGAAUGGCAAAUCCCUCAGCAUCGCCAGGGCCAAGAAUUUUGAGUGCAUCGUGAGGAAUCUCAAGUCCCUUUUCGAGGAGGAACUCGGCCAGACUAUUUUGGUCCUGCCGGAUGCCUUCACUCUGGGACAUCAUCCGGAGAGCAGGAACGGCCUGGAGCAGAUGAAAACGCUGCUCACCCUGCUCCUCGGCGCGGCUGUGCAAUGUCCCAACAAGGAGCUCUUUAUUGCCCGGAUCAAGGAACUGGACCUGGAGACGCAGCACGCCAUCGUAGCAUUGAUCAAACAGGUGACCGAUAGUCAUAGUCUGGUGCUCACCGAGGACUCUCUCGAGCGGCUGACCCCACAGACCAUGUACACGCACAUUCUGCGCCUGACCAAGGAGCGAGAUCUUAUGUAUCUCAAGUGGAUCGACUUGGCGUGCGUGGAGACCGAAAUGGCGGCCAGCGACAAUCUGGUGGAGUGUGGUCAAGGAGUCAGCGUUCCACGUUCUCCUUCGAAUGGAACUGCCACCUCAACGCCUUCAUCUUCUUCCAACUCAGAAAGCAAUCAUCUUGCCGUAGAGUGUGCAGAUCUCCGUUCGAAGAACCGUAAACUUCGUCAGGAACUAGAGGAAAAGUCCGAAAACCUUUUGGAGCUUCGCGAGGAGCUAGACGACAAGAAGGCGCGUUUCGACAAACUGCGUCAGGAGAGCCAGGAAUGGUUUACGGAGGCCAAGCGGGCAGCAGCAUAUCGCGACGAAGUGGACAUCCUCAGGGAGCGGGCGGAACGAGCGGAUCGACUGGAGGUAGAAGUGCAGAAGUACCGCGAAAAACUCGGCGACUCAGACUUUUAUAAAUCCCGCGUUGAGGAACUGCGUGAGGAUAACCGUGUGCUGUUGGAAUCAAAGGAAAUGCUGGAAGAGCAGUUACAGCGCUACCGGAAAAGGUCUGAACACGCCAUCUCCCUGGAGUCCGAAAUUAUCAAAUACAAGCAAAAGCUCAACGACAUGGCGCUAGAACGUGACGUGGAUCGAUCCAAGCUGGAGGAGCUGUUAGAGGAGAAUGCCCAACUGCAACUGGUAGCCAGGAAUCUCAACUCAACGAUGGAUUUGGAUAAAUCCUUCUCGGAAAACGAAGACGACUGCAACUCAGGUGAUAACAGCCUGUCCGAACAGCUAACAAAUAAUGCCCAAACCCGUGCCCUGAAACUCGAGCUGGAGAACCGUCGGUUGACUGCCGCCCUGGAGCAAUUAAAGGAAAGCAGCUUCCACGAGUCUACCACCAAGAUGCUUGAACUGGAGAAGGAGAAGAAGAAGCUCUCUCUAAAAAUCGAGCAGAUGCAAGAAAACAUUCAGCGGCUGACUCAGCAAAAUGUGGAAUUGGAGGGCGUCUUUAAAAAUGCCCUGGAGGAGAACAAGAAACUGCAGGACGCCGUGGAUAGUCGCCAAAAGAGCUACGAUCGCCAGAGUCUGGAGCGCGAGGCAGACCGUCAGAAGCUUUCUGAUGCCGAGCAACAUGUCGAGACCCUGAACAAGGAGAAGCAGCGCAUUCAAACGCUCAACGAUAGCAUUCAGCGAAGAGCCGACGAUCUUGAACGACUGGCGGAGAGCAAGACAAAGGAAUUAGAGCAGUACGCCGAAAAAUCCAAGCAGUACGAGCAGACCAAACAAAAACUUUACGAAAUCGAAGCCAAGGUAUCCACUUUUGAGCGCGAAAAUGCCAGCUUGCUCAAGGAAGUGUCAAAACUGAAGGAGGGCAGCGAGCAAAAAUCUGUGCAGCUCGACGAGAGUAUCAAUCGUCUGGAUGCGCAGAGCAAGGAACUUCAGAAGCUGGGCAAGGCACUCGAAGAUUCGGAGCAAGUUCAGCAGAAGCUUGUCGAACUUGAAAAGCAAAACCAAGAGCUAGCUUCACAACGAAUCAUUGAUCAAGAGAUGAUCAGCACACUUCGUAACGACCUGGUAACUGGCACUCUAGUAACGAAGAAGGUGCGUCACAACUUGGAGAAACUGGGCCUGGCCGACGAAGAACCAGGAGAGCUGAAUGUGGAGCACGUCGUAGAGAAACUGGUGCGCAAUCCGGAGACUUUCAAAACUGUGCGAGAGAUUAUGCUAAAUGUGACGCGUGAGCAGCAAGAGGAGGAGGAGCGAGAAGGUGGCGUGAAGUCUGACAUGUGCGUGCUAUGCCACCGUCAGGAGAUCUUCACGGUGGAAAAGAACAUUGAACUGGCUACUGCUCCAGUGCCCGCUCCAGCGCAACCCUCUUCUCAGGAACUACGCUUCGAGCACAAACUGCGAGUGAGUCCGGCACGCGAGUCCGCAGAGCUGAUCCGCAUUAAGGAUUCGAACACACAGCUCCAGACGGAGAAUGCUCGGCUCAGUGUGGAUGUGGCUGCUCUGGGCUCCCAGAUAACGUCUCUAAACACGCAGCAUGUAGCCCUUCAGUUGGCGAACUCCCAGUUGGCGGCCGAAAAGGACACGCUGCUCAAGGACAUCGAUUCACUGCAGCAGGAGCAUAAGCAUGCGCUGCAGGAUCAGGUGACUUUGCAGUGCCUACACGAUCAGCUAUCCGCGGAGUACGAGUCGCUGAACAAGGACAAGGAGCAGCUGAAGGCGGCAGUGCGGGAUUUAAGGCAGGAGCUGCGCGACACACGUGAACAGCAGUUAGCUUUGGAGCAGCGCAUCGAGGAGUUGACCACUCAGAAUAACAACAUGAAGACCUGCAGCGAGGAUCUGUCAAUCCUGCGCACCGAGCACUCCAAGCUCACCGAUGACUUCCGCAAUCUCUUCGCCACCAGCGAUCGCUUCAAGAACGAGUACAAAAAUAUUCAGGAGCAGUACAAGAUGGUGCGCAUGGAGCACUCGAGCCUCAAGCUGCAAAACACCGAGCUCUCCGGCGAGCUUAACACCAAGAGCGAUCAAGUACGUCACCUGCAGGUGGAGUACAGCAAGGUUCAGCAGCGUUGUGAGAUGUUGAUUCAAAACAAUGCUGAGCUCGAUUCAGAGCGCAAGGCCUUGAUGGACAAUGUGUCACAGUUGCUCUCCCAGUAUCAGGAACUCUUGGCCAUAUCCCUGGAGGACAAAAAGCACUUCCACGAGGAGGAGAAGAACUACACGGAACGGGUGCAUAGUCUGAAGCGGCAGAAGGAGAAGCUGGAGGAGAAAAUCAUGGAGCACUACAAAAAGUCGGAGACCACGGUGCACAAGAAGAAGCCUUUUGCCAGCAUGCUGGUAAGAAGAGUGAAGAAGGCCAGCUCGGAUCUGAUGAACAAAGUGCCCAGCCGUAACCGGCGCUCCUGGGUGGAUGAUGCUCGUACCAAUUCCCAGUUCGUGAUCGGUUCCGAAUCCGGCGGCAAUGAGUCGGAUAACAGCAACGAGGAGCCGCUGUCCAUUGCCUCCGACACGCACUUACUGCAGCGGAAUGUCCCGCUCCGCCAGAGUCUGCAGCGUAGGGAUUUGCUGGAUAGCUCGAUCCAACGCGGCGGCGCCGUGCGCAGUAGCCUGCAGGCUCAGAAACGUACGGAUUUGAAUAACUCACGUAGAAAUAGCGUGCACGGCAGUCUUGAAGCGCCAGACGUGACGGGCAGCAGUCUGACACUCGGCACAGCCGGCUCUCGACGCACCGUUUAUCUUAUCGACGAGCACCAGAAGCUUCCCGAUGGCUCCAGUCCCAGUUCCGCCCAGCCGCAGUCCGGUGGCAGCAGUGGAUCCGGCAAUGCUGCGACACCCACGCCAGCAGAGCCUCAGACGCCGCAAAAGAGCAGCGAGAACAGCGCUCCAGUGGGUCCCGCCACGUUCCUCAUGUACAACCGGAUAAACACCACCAUUGGAGGAGCCUCGAACAGCGGGGAUCAGAGUCCACUGCUGCAGGCCAGUGGCAGCGUAUCGGGAACGCCCCUGCAGGAUGACAAGUCGGCGAGGAAGCGGACCGAGGACAAGAGCAAUAGCAUCUGGUAUGAGUACGGCUGCGUCUAGAAACUCAAUCAAAACAGUAUACGUCCACAACUUGAACUCGAAUAUAAUGCAUUUGCUGACGAAGUAUUAUUUCGUUUUAGAAAUUAACGAAUUUAUUUUUAAACGCAUUAGAACAUCGAUGUUGCCUUAAGCUAGUUACAGAAGUAAGUGUAAAGUGCUGCUUGAACCGCUAUGAUUUGCCUUAAGACAUGUUUUACAAUUAGACUAUGUACUUUACUAUAGUUUGUACCUAUUUAUGCAAUCGAAAAACUCCAGAAGACUACGCGACAACUAAGCGAACUCAUAACUAUCCAGUAUACACCCCUAUAUACACAAAACUAUAAAGAAAUAUGUUAACAAAUUAGCUAUACCGAUGCCUCAAUGUUACGUCCCAAGCGAUAUAUAUUUACAUUCGCUUAUUUGGUGUUUUGUAAACUCGACUCGAAUCUAUGUAUUCCUAUAUACUAUAUGUUGUAUACCACACUCGUACUCUGCUAGCAGCUAACAAACGCGCCUUCAAUUUGUGAAUAUAUUUUUAUAAAUUACUUGUAGCCUUGUACUAUUUAUUGACGCAAAGCCUAACACCGCAAUAAAACUAAGCAAACAUU